AUGGGAGUUCGACCUGACAUCACCCACCAGAGCCUCCUGAUGCUCAUGGAUAGUCCCUUGAACCAAGCUGGUCUUCUUCAGGUUUAUAUCCAUACAGAAAAGAAUGUCCUAAUUGAAGUCAAUCCCCAGACAAGAAUCCCUCGCACUUUUGAUCGUUUCUGUGGCCUCAUGGUUCAGUUGCUGCAUAAAUUUAGCAUCAGAGCUGCUGAUGGGCCUCAGAAGUUAUUAAAGGUAGUUAAGAAUCCAGUGACUGAUCAGCUUCCUGUAGGCUGCACAAAAAUCGGCACAUCGUUCUCAGCCCCUACUGUGACAGAUGUUCAUGACCUAGUCCCUACCGCAGACCCUAUAGCAAUCGUUGUGGGAGCUUUUGCCCAUAGCUCGGUUAAUGUUGAUUACACAGAGAAGACUAUCUCUAUUAGCAACUACCCACUCUCUGCUGCUUUGACUUGUGCCAAGAUCACCACAGCUUUUGAAGAGAUGUGGAGAGUGGUAUGAAGUUAUGUUCAUUUUUGGUAGCUGAACUUACCGUCUGCUUGCUCCAUGUUCUGAAGCGAUGUUCAUUGCAGGGUUUUACCUGGUACAUCCCUUUAUUAUGGAAAGUAACACCUAAAAUUCCUUCAUGUUUUCUUUUG